AAAGAUCCGCAAUAUCUCAUGUCCUAAGCACAUAUCAAUCAUUUAAAAAUGUAACCAGAUACUCUUCUUAUUUCAUGUCACGGAUCUUCUCAUCAGACUUUAUACAGCUUCCUUUUCAGUUAAAUGGUCAUUCUUAAGACCAACAUUACGACGGACACACCUUGUUGUGAUAAAAGACGUCAUGCCAGGGCCACUCAUAUGGGUUUUAUUUUUAUUGCUACAAGGAGGUUUUGCCUUCCGCUGUGAACGCCGACCUUAUGGAUCGCUCACACAACCGUCGGCACCAGAUGGCAGAUUUAAGUUGGUUGUAGAAGGAGCUGAUGAUAGUUACAUGCCAGAUCAACUUUAUAUUGUUAAAGUAACGGAAACGGAUGGCGAAUCUAGGUUUAUAGGUUUUAUGAUAUCUGCUGAAGGUGAUAUAAAACAGGAUCCCAAAAAUCCGAGGAAGAUAAUAGCUCUCUCACCAGGCGACUUGAGGCCACAAAACUUGUUCUCGGCGAAAUUCAGUGAUCGCUGUCUCAAUUCUGUGGAACAUGCUUCUGCUACUCCGAAAUCUGUUGUUGAGAUUUAUUGGCAAGCACCUCCAUCAGGAAAUGGAUGUGUUACGCUACGAGCGAUGGUCGCUGAGAAUGAGGAAGAAUGGUAUGAGGAUGGAGCGCCAUUAUCUUUAAAGCUAUGUGAGGAUAUGCGUCAAUCAGACGACGUAACGCCUCAACUAAAUUACGAAUGUGAUAUUUGUGACGAGGCUAAAUAUGAGAUUUCUUUUACUGGAAUUUGGUCGAGAAAUACUCACCCACGUCUCUAUCCUGAAAAUGAUUGGAUUCCAAAGUACAGUGAUCUUGUUGGAGCAUCCCAUGGUAUAGAUUUUUUCCUCUGGGCUCCUGGUUCUCUAGCUACCGAUGGGCUUAAAGAAAUGGCGGAAUAUACGAACACGUCCAAAUUAGAACUAGAAAUACGUGAAAAGAUUGGAGACGGAGUAAGAACGUUAAUAAAAGGAAAAGGACAUGGGUACCGUAAAAUGAACAAUCCAACUUACGCCUUCUUUCGUGCUGAUAAAACUAACCAUCUCGUAACUGCUGCUAUUGGUCUACACCCGUCACCUGACUGGUUUCUUGGAGUCAGCAGAUUUGAGCUUUGUCAAAAGGAUAAUACGUGGUUACCAGAACGGGAGUUGAAUUUGUAUCCUUGGGAUGCAGGAACUGAUAGUGGUGUAUCUUAUGAGUCGGGAAAUUUCCCCACAUUUCCUCAAGAUUCUAUAUCACGCGUACAAACUAGUUCUUAUGAUAAGAACUCGCCAUUUUACGAAAUGGACAUGAAGGAUCUGCAUCCGUUUGGGAAAUUACACAUUAAACUAAUAAAAACUUAUCAAAAAGAGUGUGAAAGUGACAAGGAGACUGAAACAGAGCCACCUACAGAUGAAACAACACCAACAUCAACCACUGUAACCGAAGAAACAGAAGAACCAGGUGAAGAGAGACCUUCGGAACCAGACGAGCCUUCCAGGUAUCAAUACACAGAUUCUGAGCAUCGUGGUGAAUCGCCUCUAGUGACGGACCCAGAGUCGUCAGAAGACUGUCCAAUGACGCAAUGGCUGGAGUGGGGCCCGUGUGAGGGGCCGUGUGAAGGUGACAGGGUGGUGGGUUACCAGUCAAGAGAACGGUUCCACUUGGUUGAUGGGGUGGCUGUUGAGAAAUAUGAUCCUAAUGUGGAUCCUUCAACAAGAAAAGAAGUUCCAAGGUUUUGCAAAAACCAUUAUGAAGACUUUGAAAGAAGAGAAUGUGAAGAUGAUUGCAUUGACUUGAAAGAUAGUAACGAAGUGCGAUAAUAAUGUAAAGAUAAAAUAGGAGCUUACACUACUUAUACAAUAUACAGUAUACUUACAAAGAG